AUGAGUAGCAAAUACAAAGGCAUGCAAGCUCUGAUUUUGGUGAAAAAUCCUUUAUCAGUGUUUGUACCAUGUUGUGGUCAUUCUCUUAAUUUAGUUGGAAAUGCUGCUAAUGCUUGCACAUCGGCUGUGCAAUUCUUUGAUUUCGUUCAGAAUUUAUAUACGUUUUUCACACCAUUUUAUGCUACAAACAAGAUCUUGCAGGACCCGAAAAUGACUCUUGUUAAAUCCAAAAGAGACAAGUUUGACAAAUACGAAGAAGCUGCUGGAAGUACUGACCAGUACGUACAAUCUCGCACCAGAACUAGAAAUGUUAGGUUGGAUCCGGUCGAUUAUAUGAAAGCACAAGAUCAUAACGUUAGCUAA